UUUACAAAACUUAUCUAUUUUAGCAAAUAAUAAAUUUAGCUAUGGUUCAGUUGGGAUUUGCUGUUGAGUUAUGUGUUUCCUUGGAAAAUGGUGAUUAUGAUGCAAUUGUUAUAGUUGGUCAAAACACUAAGAAUGAAAAUAAUUGUUAUCCUGAAUUUUUGAAUGACUAUCUGUCAGCAAUUGAUAUUGCUAGUGAAGUUGAUGGUCUUUUGUUGAGUGAGGUCAGUGGUGUUGUAACUCCAAAUAAAGAAGUAAAACUUGUGGUGUACUCACCAACUGGUCCAAUUAACAGAGAUUAUGAUGAUGUCAGACGAUAUAAAGAUGCAGCUAUUGCAGGAGUAAAGAGAGCUUUAAAAUCAAAAAAGAAAAAUUUGCUGCUUGUUGUUUCUAACUCAGAACCUGGAUUAACAAAAUACAAAGAUGCUUUACUUGUAUCUGUACUUGGAGCUUUUGAAGCUCUUUAUGUGCCUUUAGAAGUUCGCGAAAGUUCUCCUGCUAAUGCUAAAAAGGUUAACAAACUUGGAAUUUCAUCAACAAAGUUACAAUCUGAAGAAACGGGUGCUCCGUUUAUAAGAAAGGCGACUGCAUUAGAAUGGGGAAGAAUAAUUGCAAGAGAUAUUGGUGGUUCAGACCCAGAGCGAAUGUGUCCUUUAAAAGUUGAAGAAUUUGUUCGUGAAGUUUUUAAAAAUACCAGUAUUUCGAUUAAUGUUGUGUUUGGUCAUGAUAAUCUACGUGCAGACUUUCCUUUAUUUGCAGCUGUUGAUCGUUGUGCCAACAUGGUGGAGCGACAUAGAGGAAGAAUAAUUUAUCUAGAAUAUUGUGGUGAAGGAGAAGUUGAAAAUUCAUAUUUUUUUGUUGGAAAAGGUGUAACAUAUGAUACUGGUGGUGCUGAUGUUAAAGCAGGAGGACAUAUGGCUGGAAUGCACAGAGAUAAAUGUGGUGCUGCAACAAUUGCUGGCCUAUUUGCUGUUUUAAAUGAGCUUCAACCAAAAGGAAUUCGAGUUGUGGCUCGUCUUGCAAUUGUCAGAAAUAGUAUUGGAGCUGAAAGUUAUGUAGCAGAUGAAAUAAUUACAUCAAAAGCUGGAUGUCGUGUUCGUGUUGGAAACACUGAUGCAGAAGGGCGGAUGGCAAUGACAGAUUCCCUAUACCAUUGUAAAGAAGAGGCAUUAAAUAGCAAAAAUCCUCAUUUGUUCACAAUUGCAACACUGACUGGUCAUGCAAUCAUUGCUAUGGGUGAUAAAUACACAAUUGCUUUGGAUAAUGGUGCUGCUAAUAUGGAAGGAUUUGCUAGACAUAUUCAAGAGCUUGGCGAUUGUUUGGCAGAUCCUUUUGAGGUGUCAAUGCUCAGAAGAGAGGAUUUUCAAUUUGCGUCCGGACGUAAUGAGUAUGAAGAUGCUCUUCAGUGUAAUAAUGAGCCUUCAAGUCGUACUCCUCGCGGUCAUCAAUUUCCAGCAGCAUUUAUGAUAAAAGCAUCUGGAUUAGACAAGCACGGGAUUGACUCCGAUCAUCCAAUAAAAUAUACUCAUUUGGAUAUUGCGGGAUCUUCAGGACCUUACCCUGGUAUUCCUACUGGAUGUCCACUUCCGUCUCUUACUAGAUUAUUAAAAAUGAUUUAAAAAAUUAAA